AUGUAUGCAGGCUGCGCUGGGUAUGCGCCUGUCGAGCGGAUGUGGGAGCAGCUGGGGCGGGCGGAGUUGGAGAGGUUGCUGUGGAGGGAUGUGCUGGUGUAUGAUGGGCUGGCGGGGAAGGUGGGGGAGUGGAAGAGGGGGAUGGAUGGGAGGAUGGGGAGGUGUGAUGGUUAG